GAAAAUAAAAAACAAAAUAUAAGCAAAUAAAUUAAUACUAGUAAUGCCUGGUCAUCCCACUGGUGGCCAAUUAGCAUUUUUUGGGAUAGAAUUGUUACUUAUUUCUGUGAUUUCUUACUAUGGAGUUAAAUGGCUUGCAAAUGUUCUUGAUCCGACCAAUAAGCAAAAAGAAGUUGCCAGGAAACAAGCAGAAAAAGUUAUUGAAAGCCUGGGUCUAACAAAUGUCAAUACGCUGACUGAUUAUGAAAUGUCGAUUGCUGCAUUACUAGUUGAUCCACUUGUUUUACCAGUUUCUUGGAAUGAUAUUGGAGGUUUGGAUUCGAUUAUUUCUGAGAUUAAGGAAACUGUUGUUCUUCCAUUUAAAAAACCUAAGCUGUUUAGUCAAUCAACUCUUUUGUCGCCUCCUAAAGGUGUUUUACUAUAUGGACCACCAGGCUGUGGAAAGACAAUGGUGGCAAAAGCAACAGCAAAAGAAGCAGGCUGUCGCUUUAUAAAUUUGGAUAUUUCAUCCUUGACAGAUAAAUGGUAUGGCGAAUCGCAGAAGUUAGCAAAAGCUGUGUUUUCACUUGCCAACAAAAUACAGCCAUGCAUUAUCUUUAUUGAUGAAAUAGAUUCAUUUCUUCGGGUAAGAGAUUCUACAGACCAUGAAGCUACAGCUAUGAUGAAAGCACAGUUCAUGAGUUUAUGGGAUGGUCUUCUUAGCGGGCCUGGAUCAGAAGUUAUUGUAAUGGCAGCUACAAAUAGACCUCAAGAUAUUGAUAAAGCCAUUCUUCGUAGGAUGCCGUGUCGUUUCCAUAUUGAUUUGCCAAACUCAUCGCAAAGAAUUUUAAUUCUUCAACGUCUUCUAGCUGGUGAACAGCUUAAUAAAGACGUUGAUCUUGAAACAGUAUCGGCAUUAACGGCAGGAUAUUCCGGCAGCGAUUUAAAAGAGUUAUGCCGACUGGCAGCCUUGCAAUGCUUAUUUCGUCAAAUGGAAGAAAAACAAGAUAUUGAGGCAUCCUCAGAAGUCAUGCCUGAUAAUUUUAUUUCAAUUUGUCGUUUGGAUUUUGAAAAAGCUGUCGAUAGAAUGCAUAAAAAUAAUUUUGCUAAUUAUUUUAUGUGAUUCAACUGGUUAGCGUUAAAUUCACGCUUGCGUAUCGAUUGGCUGACUGAAAGAAAGAAGUAUAAGCAUACGUCACACUGUCAUUAUUGUAACAGCGAAACAGAAGAUAUCUUAUACUCGUAACAGAAGAUAUCUAAUACACCUUUAAUAUUUUGUUCCCAGGAAAAAAAUAUUCGCUAUAUUAAAUAAAAAGUAAACUGGUA